AUGCCUAAAAGCGAUACGUGGCCAGGCGGCAUUGGAUUGGAAUCGAUGACCGGCAUGGACAGUGCUGGCAGUUGUGACAGCGUUGUCAGUGCCAAUUCUGGCUUUAGUGAUGAUAGUCUGGAGUACCUGUCUGCUGAAGAGAAGGCCUGUCUCAUGUUUUUGGAGGAGACUAUAGAGUCUUUGGACACUGAGGAGGACAGUGGACUGUCCAAUGACGAGCCUGACCAACUGCCCAGCCCUGGCAACCUUGCUGCCAAACUGGCAGACCUGUCAGCCUCCAUAAGCAAAAGCAAGCUGAACGAUUCACAGAAACACGCCUCCAAAGAACCGAUCAAGGAAAAUGCUGACACUAAACCCAUGCAGAGCUACCUGGUUCCUACGCCUCUUGUUGUGGCAAGCAGCACUCAGUGUUCUGUACCCAGCACUAAACCAGGGGUUCCCCCAGAUAAGAACCUCUGCCCCAAGCCUCAGUUCACUCCCUCCAGCAACAAACCUGGUUACAAACACAGCCAGAAACCUGUUGCUCCCCCAGUACCUUUAGAGGUUAAUGUUGUGAUACCUCCUCCCACCAAACCCAGGGACUACUCAGUGAGGACAGCUGAGGGUCCUUUACCCAGAGGACCUCUAUCCUAUGACGCUCUUGUUCAUCUGCGGAGGAGUGCCUCCACAAAGAAGACCCCUUUGUGUCCCACAGUUGAUCAUACUAUACAUUCAGACAAGCGCCCUCCUGCCGCAAUGGAAGGCCCAAACCACGGAAACCUGCCAAGAUCUGACAGAUCCCACUCAGAGUUUUCCAAGUCUAAGACAAGUCCUCCAGUCGUGGCCCCUAAGCCCCAAAAGAUUCCUGUGAAAACACAAACUAAAGCUUUGAUAACCUCAGACUGUUCAUACAGUGUCAACCAUGCGACAGAUCCACAGGUGGUAAGACUGGAGGCUUUGCAGAAGCUUGGCCUCCUGAAAGACCAACAGCCAGAAAACGACACCAUAGGCCCACUAUCUACCCAUAAAUCUCACUCUUCUUCAGACCCAACACCUAACAGGUUUACAAAAGGCCCAUCUAAUAGUAAUCCAUCAAGAAGCCCAUCGUUUUGUUAUUCUCAAGUGCCCACAGAGCCCAAGAACAAGCCUCUGCAGAGCAGUGCCAGUUUCCAUCACUACUCAAGACGUGACCAACAUUCUGCAUCUGUAUCACAUCCUGCCCAACCCAACGGAUUGAAGGCAGCUGGUCUGGAACGCUGUGCUACCCUGAACAACUACAGAAAUGGUGGAAACUGUCCUGAACUAGGGCACACGAUGGCAGCUGAGCCAGUGAAAGCCACCACUUCAGCUCAGCCUGUGUCCCACAAACCUUCAAACUCAGUCGGAUAUACUGUGAUGGUGGUGCCAGGGAUGGGAGCUGAUCGAAAAGAAGCACUCAGAAAGCUUGGACUGCUCAAAGACUAAAAGCAGGUAAACAGCAGAAGUCUGCCUGCGUAAAUGCAGUGCUUAGAGAGAGUUCAAGAGUACCAUCAGCUUAAAGAGAGUUAUAGCAUUAAGUGGGAACUUGGCACUCGGCACUUUGGCAAA